CUUUGUAACCCCCUUGACAGGAACCAGGGUUUAACACAGCGGGUUAAUGGCAUUGGUGCUUCUCGGCGCAAGGCUCCACCUGGCCUUACUUAGAGAAAAGCCCCCUUCAUCAUCCCGUCAUCUCAUUCUCCGGAGUUUCCCCUGCCUGUCAUUUGUCACUUGCGCCAAGACAGCAGCAAGAAGCGUAAGACAGUCCCGUAGGCAAUUCGAUCCGUCCUCACCCUUGGCGUCUUGGUUCUACGUACUUGGGUCCCUUCCUGGCUGACUGGGUGGGUUGAACCUUGACUUUCCUUAUGAAUGGGGAUUCCUCCCCUGCGGAGACACACGGUGGCUUUUGCUGCUCCCUGGAGGAUUUAAAGGGCCACCCUCCCCAUUUGACGGAUUCCCCUUGUCUUCUCUCCUUCAGAGAUCAGGACCUGCCCUAGUCAAAGCCCAGCUGCUCAGCCAGAGAGAGAAGCAAACGGAUUGGCUGAUGGUUGCCAAUGGGGCAAAGGGGCCCCUCCCUCCACAGAGCCAGGCCCGUACCUUCCCCGCCUCCCUGGGUGUUACCUGUGUGGGCAGGUUUUGGGUAGGAACGGUGCCAGGAAGCAACCGACACAGAUUGGAUCCUCUCUUGCGGAGCCCACAAAGACCCUCCCACAGGCCCUGCUGCCGCCCAUGAUUGCCAUGCCACCUCGCUGGAAGCGCUCCCCAUGCCGCUUGACCCAGCUUUUGGUCGGGCUGCUGUGCAGCCUGGCAACCCUCUUGGUUCUCAGCUUCCUGGCCGGCAGCCGCCUCGAGGACCCACUCUCACGCUCGCGGCCCUCCCAGAUGGGGAAUGGUGUGGGGGAGCGACACAUAGACACCUUGCUCCUGCCGCCCCCCAACGCCUUCCCACUGUCCCCAUCGCCCUGUGCCCUGACCUCCCCCUGGCUACUGGUGCUAGUGGCCAGCGCACCUGGGCAUGCGGCCCGGCGUGCGGCGGUGCGGCGCAGCUGGGGGAGUGUGAGGGUAGCAGGGGGGCACAGCACACACACGGUUUUUAUACUGGGGCAGCCUGGGGAUAUGGCACAGCAGGCAGCACUGGAGCGUGAGGCAGCCGAGCACGGGGACCUGUUGCAAGCGCGUUUUGCUGACACCUAUGCAAACUUAACCCUGAAGACACUGGCGAUGCUGGGCUGGGCCACCACCCAUUGCCCCACUGCCCGCUUCCUGCUGAAGGCUGACGAUGACGUCUUCCUGAACCUGCCUGCCCUGGCAAGACACCUGGAGCGGCUAGCUGGCCCACCUGCUGCCUAUCUGGGUCAGGUCUAUUCACAUGUGGCACCCAUCCGCAACCCACACAGCCGGCACUAUGUGCCCACCUCACUCUACCCGGAACCUACCUUCCUGCCCUACUGCAGUGGGACUGCCUACAUUCUCUCUGCCCCAGCCGCUGCCGCUAUCCUGGGUGCUGCCCACCAGCUGCCGCUGCUGUCUGUGGAGGAUGUGUUUGUGGCGAUGUGCGCCCACCAUGCUGGCAUUGCCCCGCGCCACUUAGACUAUAUGUCUGGGGCUACCCACUACCCACUUGAUGCCUGCUGCUACAGGGAGGUGCUCUUCAGCGUACAUGAAGUGGAACCUGCCGAAAUGCUGUCCUUAUGGGAGGGAGCUGAGCACCCCUGCACCGCCUGGCAGCGCUUCCUUGGCCUGACCCGCUGCAAGGUCCUGGCCUGGCUGGCUGAGGAGGACACCCCAUGACUGCCUUCCUUCCCUCACACCACCUGAUAACCCUGGGAGGAAAAGGCCUGGGGCCCUGCCUCACUCGGGAGUAGCUAUCUGGCCUUGGACAAGUGAAGGGGUCGAUUGAUUAGAAGAAGGGCUUCCAGGAACUCUGCCUAGAAGCCCACAGUUGCCAGCCUGGAUG